GCAAAGAGAAAACAGUGAACUAUGUGGGCUGAAGAUUAAUUAAUUUAAAGUCAAACUUUUAAAGAGUGGAAACGGAAAACUUUCAGAGGAGUUGUGAGAACAAGACAUUUCGAUGGAUAUUUGGUUUAAUACAAAGCCGGUCGGAGUUUUUUUGUUUGAGUGUCUUUUCUUCCAUCAGAUUCACUCGUGGAUAACCUUCGAUACAUCUGGAUCGCAUAAAGAGUUCAUGGAUACAGACAAGAGUAUGGAGUCCACUCGAAAGUACCACUGGACGAUACAAAAGGAGGAAAAGCUCAUUGCUCUUUGGGGCCAACAUGACUGUUUGUAUGACAGAACCAGCAUGUCAUUUCACGACAAACUCAUAAGAGAUACGAAAUGGAUGGAGAUUGCUGACGAACUAAAUAUACCUGUUAAAGAUGUUAAACAUAGGGCUGGAUCAAUAAGGGCACAAUACUCCAGGAUUCUGAAGCCACAUGCCAAUAGCGGCAAACCUUUAACAGCAAAACAACUCUGGUUCCUGGACAAAUUGGAGUUCUUGAGGAGACAUUACGUCCCACGGCUCAAUGAAAGUAGUUUGAAUCUUGCUGCAGAACAGCCAGGUGUCAAACAGGAGCCAGUUGAUGUUGUUGUUGUAGGCCAGGCAUUCACUGAUGAAGAGGGAAGUUUUUCAGACAUGUCUGCAAACACACUGGACUCUGAGAGUGUACAGAUUGCUCCAGAGCAGCCGGAUAUCAAGCCGGGGCAAGUUGAUGUUGUUUUGGACCAGGAGUUUGCUGAUGAAGACGCAAGUUUUUCAGACAUGUCGGAAAACACUGUGGACUCUGUGAGUGUACAACAGCAGUCGCCUCCCAAGCCACCUCAGAGCAAAAAGAGAAAGGGUUCUGACAGCGAUACUGAAGUGGAAGCGAUCAAUUUGCUUAGGAAGAUGUCAGCCACUGUAAUGACUGGCUUGAACCAAGCAAAUGAUUCUGAGGCCAUUUUUGGCCAGCAGAUUGCAUCCGACCUGCGAGAAAUACAAAAUCCAGUGUUGCGGAGAAUGGCCAAAAGAAAAAUACAGAUGUUGGUCUACGAAUAUCAAGACAAAGACCAGUUUGAGAGGGAGAAACAGUGACCAAGACGGUUAAGAUAUGUUUUGUGGAUAUAUUUUGUUUUAACAUUUGUUUAUGGUCUUGCUGCAACAUUGUGUUGCAUGAUGUUUACCUUUUUGUUUUACUAUUCACUAUUCUUGGGUGUGUCAAUGGUAGGUUUUACUUAAUUCAGCUUUGUAAAGUUUAUAUUUAUUACUUCUUCUAGUGCUAUAUUACAUUGUAUAUAACUUUUUACAAAUAUAUAUGUAGGCAGGGCCAUCGUUAGUGGGGUGCAGGAAUCGCAUUUGACCUCGCCAUGAGCCUUCCCGGUACGUAUAUUACAAUUGUGUAGUUAUAUUUUGUGUUAUUCAUUUUCCAUGGUUAUAGAUUAUAUAAAUGCUUUACAGAUUUGUACUUGCAUAUUAUUUAUUUUUAUACUUUUAAGCAGUGUUUACUUUCUACCAAGUAACACUGUUGGUCAACUCUUUGCACAGUGUGACAAUAAAUG